AUGGCCUCUGGCCGCACGUACACCCUCCUUUCCGCGGCGGGGCCGUACACUUCCCCCACUCCUGGCACACUCGGCGGUCACCGGCGCAGCCGCAUCUACGGGCGCCUCGACUGUCCCUCGGCACUACGCGCAAUUGCACGGGGCGAGUACGUUACGCACCGCGUCUUCUUCGCGGACGAGGCGGCAGCAAUCGAGGCCGGGUUCAGGCCGUGCGGCGCUUGUAUGCGCGACAAAUACCAAGCGUGGAAGAAGGCCGGAUGA